GGGUACUGUGUAAAGCAAGGUAUGUGACUGGUGUAAGCACAUAAGACACACAAAAGAAUACCUGGAUUUUGGGGACGGGGAAAGAAGGCUUCAGUUCUGCAGUGCAAAAUGUCUCAAUCAAUACAAAAUGGACAUUUUCUACAAAGAGACACAGGCCAAUCUUCCAGCUGGGCUGUGCAGCACAUUACACCCUCCCAUGGAAAAUAAAGCAGAAGGCACCGGGGUGCAGCUGCUCACUCCAGACUCUUGGAAUAUCCCUCUAACAGAUGCUCGGAGGAAGGCCCCCUCCCCGGUGGCUGCAGCUGGCCAAAGCCAGGGCCCUGGCCCAUCGUCGUCCACCACCGUCUCUCCAUCUGACACUGCCAACUGCUCUGUCACUAAAAUCCCCACGCCAGUGCCCAAGUCCAUGCCCAUCAGCGAGACUCCAAACAUCCCUCCUGUCUCCGUCCAGCCACCUGCUAGCAUCGGGCCUCCCCUCGGUGUCCCGCCUCGCAGCCCUCCCAUGGUGAUGACCAACCGCGGCCCGGUGCCGCUGCCCAUCUUCAUGGAACAACAGAUCAUGCAGCAGAUCCGCCCGCCCUUUAUUCGUGGGCCGCCGCACCACGCCUCCAACCCCAACAGCCCUCUGUCCAACCCCAUGCUCCCCGGCAUCGGGCCCCCGCCCGGCGGCCCCAGGAACCUGGGCCCCACUUCCAGUCCCAUGCACCGGCCCAUGCUGUCGCCCCACAUCCAUCCACCCAGCACCCCAACCAUGCCUGGGAACCCCCCGGGCCUGCUGCCCCCCCCGCCCCCGGGCGCGCCCUUGCCCAGUCUCCCCUUCCCGCCGGUGAGCAUGAUGCCAAAUGGCCCGAUGCCCGUGCCCCAGAUGAUGAAUUUCGGGCUGCCGUCGCUCGCCCCGCUGGUGCCGCCCCCCACCUUGCUCGUGCCGUACCCCGUGAUCGUGCCCCUGCCCGUGCCCAUCCCCAUCCCUAUUCCCAUCCCUCACGUCAAUGAUUCCAAGCCCCCCAACGGAUUCUCCAGCAACGGGGAGAACUUCAUUCCGAGCGCCCCUGGCGACUCCUCAGCGGCCGGAGGCAAGCCAGGCGGACACUCCCUGUCCCCCAGGGACUCCAAGCAGGGCUCGUCCAAGUCUGCGGACUCGCCGCCCGGCUGCUCCGGCCAAGCCCUGAGCCUAGCGCCCGCGCCCGCGGACCACGGCCGGAGCGAGGUGGUGGACCUGACGCGGCGCGCCGGCAGCCCCCCGGGCGCGGGCGGCCAGCUCGGCUUCCCCGGCGUGCUGCAGGGUCCGCAGGACGGCGUCAUCGACCUGACGGUGGGCCACCGAGCCCGGCUGCACAACGUGAUCCACCGCGCUCUGCACGCGCACGUCAAGGCGGAGCGCGAGCCGGGCGCCGCGGAGCGCAGGACCUGCGGCGGCUGC